GCUAUCGGCGGGUGCCGUUUUCUUUUUUACAGUGUAAGUGCUGGUCUUCUGCUCUCAUUUGAACAAGCCGAGUGCCUUCAUCUCCGCCACCAGCAGCAGCAGCAGCAGCCUCAUCGAUAUGCGCUCCAGCUCCCGCGUGUAGGAGCGUCUCCAUCCUGCGCGCCCACAGACGGCGGAGAAAGAAGCGCAGCGAGCCUUUCAUUGCGGCGGAGGCGAUAUGUUUGCCCAUGUUUCAUAUCUGACUCUAUCGGCGGCGGGCUGCUGACUUUUAGCCCCCCACCCUCCUACCCCCCUCCCCGCCCCCCCCUUGUUUCUCUCUCCUCAGUCGACUUUCUCCCCUCGGUGCAAUCGAUGGAUUUACUCUGAUUUUGGAGCGCGCCGGGAGCCGUCUCUGCCGUUGCUGCUGUUGUAAACAACGGGGAAGAAAGAGAGGGAGAAAGGGAGGGAUAAAGGGGGCGAGGGGCGGGGGGAGAACAAACCCCCAAAACAAUCAAACAGAAAAGGGGUGAUGUUUGCUCUGCACAGGGUCCGUCAAUUCCGCGUCUUGUCCGCGCUGGUUGUCGGCUCGAUUGUGUGCUGCGCGAAGAGCGUCAACGAACCGGGCAACAUGUCUUUCGUGAAGGAGACGGUGGACAAACUCCUGAAGGGGUACGACAUCCGACUAAGGCCGGACUUUGGAGGGGCCCCUGUUGCAGUCGGGAUGAGUAUAGACGUGGCCAGCAUAGACAUGGUGUCAGAAGUCAACAUGGACUACACGUUGACCAUGUAUUUCCAGCAGUACUGGAGGGACAAGCGUCUCGCUUACUUAGGAAUCCCCCUCAACUUGACCCUGGAUAACAGGGUGGCCGACCAGCUCUGGGUCCCCGACACCUACUUCCUCAACGACAAGAAGUCCUUCGUCCACGGAGUCACCGUCAAGAACCGAAUGAUCCGCCUGCAUCCAGACGGAACCGUCCUCUACGGCCUCAGGAUAACUACAACGGCAGCAUGUAUGAUGGAUCUCAGGAGGUACCCGUUGGACGAGCAGAACUGCACUCUGGAGAUAGAAAGCUAUGGCUACACCACGGACGACAUCGAGUUCUACUGGAAAGGAGGCGAGACGGCGGUAACCGGGGUGACGCGGAUCGAGCUGCCUCAGUUCUCCAUCGUCGAUUACAAGUUGGUCUCCAGGAACGUCGUCUUUUCCACAGGUGCCUACCCUCGACUGUCUCUGAGCUUCAAGCUAAAGAGGAACAUUGGCUACUUCAUCCUGCAGACGUACAUGCCAUCGAUCCUGAUUACCAUCCUCUCCUGGGUCUCCUUCUGGAUAAACUAUGACGCGUCAGCAGCCAGAGUGGCUCUAGGGAUCACCACGGUGCUGACGAUGACCACGAUCAACACCCACCUGAGGGAGACGCUGCCCAAGAUCCCGUACGUUAAGGCCAUCGACAUGUACCUGAUGGGCUGCUUCGUCAUGGUCUUCCUGGCCCUGCUGGAGUACGCCUUCGUCAACUACAUCUUCUUCGGGAGGGGUCCUCAGAUGCAAAAGAAGCUGGCGGAGAGGGCGGAGAAGGCCAACAACGAGCGGGCGGCCAAAUACGACGCUGCGAGGGAGGCAGGUAGUAGGACCGCGUCCCUAAAGCGGUCCAAUCAGGUUAGAGGGCUUCGCCACUCACGCUCGGCGGAACCGCACGGGAACAUCCUUCUCACCACCCUGGAGAUCCACAACGAGGUGGGGGCGGGCGAGAUCACCACCAGCCUGGCGGACAUCAGGAACUCUCAGUCCAUGGUGCAGCUGGACAGCACGGCCUCGUCGCACAUCCAGUACCGCAAGCAGAGCGGCGGGAUCGGCCCGCGCUCCACCAGCCGGCCCUCCCUGGACCGAGCCGCCCAGAUGAAGCGCAGCCGGCUGCGGAGGCGGUCCUCGCAGCUCAAAAUCAAAAUCCCCGACCUGACGGAUGUGAACGCCAUCGACCGCUGGUCACGGAUCAUCUUCCCUUCCGUGUUCUCACUGUUCAACCUCAUCUACUGGCUCUACUAUGUCUGAUUGGACGGUUUUUGUUGAGAUGUUCGUGGUGGUUUGUUUGAUUUUUGUUUUGUUUUUUUGUUUCUUUUUUUCUUCCUUUUUAUUUUGUUGCUUUUAUAUGUUGAUUCUGUCAAGUUAAAGACUGCAACACUUUGAGACGAAAAAAAAAAACAUAUGGAGAAAAGGUUUGUGAGUCUUGGACCAAGUUCUUGUAAAAAUUGUUUUUACAUUUGAAGUGUAAUUCUUAGUACCAAGUUCUUUGUAUUUAAGUAUGUACUGUAAUUGGGACUUGUGACAGUCACUUUCCCAACAUUUGCCCUCUCACCACCAGGUGUAAAUAGAGAGACACGAAAGCCAGCAAUUGAAUACACGAGUAUUGAGUAUUUGCAACAAAAAAACCUACACAAUUAACACUUAACGCAGUGAUUUUUGUAAUCAAAAAAGGAACUACGGAACCUUUAUCCAACACAGGUGGUCAGAUGAAUGCAGGCAACUCCUAAAAGUCCAUUAAACAAACUAACGUAUGUUUGACUGGUAUCCUAUGCACUAUUAAUGCAUGCAAUGAUCAACCAUAAUGGAAAAAUAAUAAUGACUCCUCUUCUGCCUUGGAUUCUGUCACAACAAUACAGAACCCUGUUGAUUUGUUUCAGGCGUUGAUCUGGUAAACUUUUACCCAAACACAAUAAUUUAAGGACUUUCUCUUCUGUUCAGCAUAACUGUGACUCAGGUUCUGAAUCUUUUGCUAUUUGACAUCUUGUUCUUGACAAAGAAAAGGGUCACUGAAAUAUUCCUUUUUGGUAAUUUAAAAAGGAACAAAGAAAGCACAAACGCAAAUAAAACUGCCAUUUUUUCAGCAACAGCGCUUGAAUCGAUAGCAUGACAGAAUUGCACUCAAAUUGAUCAAACUAAAAAAAACGGUCUUAUUUCAUUUAAAACAACUGCCAAGGGCCUUUUUGGGCGACAUACUUACUAAACCCAUGAAAUAUUAUGAUAUUUUUGUACUCUGUGUGUAUCAGGUAUUCAGUUGAUGUUGCUAACCCUUGUUUUUUGUUUUUGUUUUUGCUCAACACAAUCUCUGGUGAUUGUGGUCUCUACAUAGGUGUGUACAUACAUAUAUAUGUAUAAACACACAUCUUUGUAUAUAUAUAAUUGGUGUACAACCCAAAAUGAAAAUAACCCGAGCAUUUUGUGAUUUUCAUACUAAUUGUCAAAAUAUUUAGUGCAAAAAAAAAAGUAAAAGAACACCGACCGUUUCGAGCAUCGGUUCGGUUUUAGGUGUAACGUCUCCUCGUGUUGGAAUCCACUCUAGACGCCGCGCGUGUGUUUCACGCAGACGGACAGAGGGAAACCGCCCCGUCGACCCAAUAAGCACACACUCGCGCUGAAUGUACCAGAUCCGUUCUUCAGGGAGAGGAUAAUGAGCCAUGGUCAUAAUUUCUCCAUCGGAAUGUAACACGCCCAUUGUGACGAGCUACCGGAGGGAAAGAGAGGCUGGCGACGGCGUUUUAAGAGCGUGUGCAUGUGCAUGUGUGUGUGUGAGAGAGAGAGAGAGAUGGGAAGUGGGUAGGGAGAGCUGGAGAAAAGGACGGGCGUGAACAGACCAUUUAUUUUCCGCGCUGCUUGCCGGGCGGUGGACAAAUGUCCACGUGUAAUUGUUUUUGAGGAUUAAAAUGGAUCUCCUUGUCCCCGCUCUCGAUAGGCCGAGCAGCUCCACCCGAGGUCGCAGAGCCAUAGAGCGGUUACACCUCGGGGGCGACGAUGUCCAAAUGUCAUGGAUACAUGACGUACAUUCACUGUGCAUGUGCAAGAAUACAAAGAGGAAAAAAAGGAAAAAAUGCUACUUGUUAAAACUGAAGUUCAAAGUGGGGAUCAAUUUAACAAAGAAGUUCUACGUGUACAGAGUGAUUGAUAUGAACUGAAUGUAUUUGGAUUGUUGCUGCACAAAUGCAAUUUUCUUUUUUCUGGACUCAAAGUUGACCUUGAUUAGGGCUCCAGUUGAAGCCACAUUGGAGUGAGCCCGAGUUUCUUGCUGGUUUCUUGUCCUGUUUUCUACUGUGUAGACGGGGCGUAGUGCCCAAUAAGGUCCGGGUCCAAAGCUCCCCUUAUAGAUGACAUAACAUUGUAUAUGAUAAGCCAAAACAUCUUGUGAAAGGUGUGUUUAGAAAAUUCCUUGUCACUAUGCGUCGCUUGUGUUAAUUUGUGUGUGUGUGUGUUUGUUCCCCCCACCAAGCAGCCUCUGUACCCACCGUACGCUGGCGGCAUGUUAGCUAGCCUAAUGGACGUGCUGGUUCUGCCGUUUACUCCUAUGGGAUCCCUGCACCCCCGACCCCUCCCUCCCCCCGACCCCCUCCCCCUGAAGGCUCUCUCAACUCGUACAGUUUUCGUGUCAAGUCGCGUUACUCCGUACAUGUUGUGUAAAACUGCGGGGCGCCCGAAGAGUUUGUUUGUUUCGCAUUCAAGGUCCUCCAGGCCUUGAAACCCUGGUGUGGAGUAACUCUCAGAAAGCAGUUUGAGAAGCUUGUGUAAAUAAGAUAUAACAAUGGUGAUUUUUGGGACGCUGAAGCGAGGAGAAAAUUACUUUUUUUACUUCCUGCACCACUCGCUGAUUUAAACGAGUACUUCUGGGUACGUUUUUUGCAGCUUUGAGCCAUUAUUUGAAUCACCGAACAAAGAAGGCAGUUGGAAAGCGAAUGUGACGGAAACCCGAUACUUCUUUAUAAUGCAUGCGACUACAAUUCUUAACUUGGGUAGAUUAAAAAAAGAUAUAUAUAUAUAUAUUUUGCGAAAACUCACUCGUGGGAGCUGAUGACAUCACAUGUUAUGCCAUGUGAGCCUAAAAAAAAGAAAAAAGGAAAAAAAAAAUAUACAAAAAAAAGUCAUCAAAGGCUUCAGGUGUUGUUUGGCCUUGGUCCCAUAAUGGAAUGUGAAAUGUUCUGUGCUGCCACAAAAUGUAUUUAGGCUUAGAUUUAUACCGUAUAUCUGUAUGUUUCUCUUCCUUUUUCAAUAGAUUAUCAUGUUAAACCAUCAAAUAAAUUAUACAUUGUACCCGUGUAUUUGGUAUUGCGAUCAUGCAUGACACUCCGUAAAGAAUCUGCAUAUACGUACAUGUGGAGGGAGCGAAUGCAGCAAACAGCCAUUUACGACACACAAUAUCAUUUUGAUAACAUGUCACCUGUACUAUGGCGUGUCUCCUCUUCGACUAUCCUCGUGCCCUUGAGCAAGGCACUUAAUCUCUUCCUGUUCCAGUGCAACUACACAGUGACAGCUGAAGACUUUCAUUCCCAGUUGUACAACCUUUGUGUAUGAAGUGAACUUUAUGAAUGUGUGCCAGAGCAUUGGUAAAUAAUAGUACAGUAGCUCCCAUCAUAAAUAAAAAUAAAAACAACAACAACAA